GCAAAGGCAAUGGUUUUCUGCGGGUUGAACGGUGGAUACGGUUUCGGUGAAGAGCACAGCAUGUGAGCGGUAGCACACGCCGCGUGCUCUCCCGGCAAAGUGCUGCGGUGGCGGUGGGUGGACGGCGAGGUGACGCAGGCGAGUCUGGCGCGGCGCGGCCGGGACGUCUGGCGGCGCAGAGCUGUGCGAUGCCCGAUCAGUGGUGCCCCAGAGGCACUCAGUGACGGCCGGCGCGGCUGCUCUCCGCACGCGCUGAGCUGCCAGUGAACGCUCCCACGUGCAGUAAAUAGAGUAUAGCGGCAGCGUCCCCCAGCCGCCAUGCCGCCGUCGACCACGGGCCGCGGCAGCUCGUCCAAGUGGAGCACCUGCGGCUACUACACCAAAAACAUCCUGGUGUUCCUGGUGUCGCAUAUCGGACUCGUCUCGCUGGUGGUGGGCUACUGCGUAAUCGGCGCCUUCGCCUUCGAGGCGCUGGAGGCGACCAACGAGCUGCAGGUGAAGCGGAACGUGUCGCAGAUCCGGCGCAACGUCACCUCGUCCAUCUGGUCGCUGACGCAGGAGCAGGACCUGCUGCACGAGUACAACUGGACGGCCAUGGUCGGCAGGCAGCUCAAGGAGUUCGAGAAGCAGCUCAUCGAGGCGAUGAAGACCAAGGGCUGGGACGGCAGCGAGGACGACGAGCACCAGCAGUGGACGUUCGCCGGCGCACUCUUCUACUCCAUCGUGGUCAUCACCACCAUAGGAUACGGCCACAUUGCGCCCAAAACGGACUGGGGCAAGGUGGUCACCAUGCUGUACGCCAUCCUGGGCAUCCCGCUCAUGUGCCUCUGUCUCUCCAACAUCAGCGAGGGCAUGGCGCACUCAUUCAAGGUCGUCUACUGGAAGUGCUGCUGCUACAUCUGCACCAAGAAGCCGAAGAAGCGGCGCCGGCGCAGGGGAAGACGGGGAUAUUCCUCUUCACGGUCGAUCCGGAGGUCGGCCAAAAACGCCGACGGCGCGGUCAGCGAGAGUGCCUUCUCGGCUUCCUACGGCGACCCGUCCUCCGAGACGGGAGAGUACAGACUCCCCGACGACGUGGAGCCGGCAUCACCAGACGCUUACGGCCGCGCGGCCAUCCACAACCACCGGCUGCCGGCCGACGGCAAACGCUCGGCGCCCUCGGAGCGCUCCAAAUCGUCCGACGAGUUGCCGGCCACGCGCGCCGAGCCGGACCCUGCCGCGCUGCAGCGCACGCCCUUCUUCCAGAACCGGUACGCGCUGAGCGAGGCGGACGCGCUGCGGGACGAGCCGAGCGUGGGCAGCGGCGGCUCUGUCAAACUGUCGCCGGCGCGCACCGACUCCGCGUACGGCCGCUCGCUGAGCAGCGGCGCGCGCUCGGUGCGCGGCGUGCCGGCCGGCCGGCCGGCGCCCGAGCGCGUCAGCAAGCUGCACCAGACGUUCGACGAGGAGGACGACUCGGACGGCUACGAGGACUCGGACGACGAGGACACCUCCGAGACCAAGUCGGUGCCCAUCUGGCUCUGCGUGCUGCUCGUCGUCUCCUACAUCGUCGGCGGCGCCUACCUGUUCAAGGAGCGGGAACAGGAGGCCGGCUGGACCUUCCUCGACUCGGCCUACUUCUGCUUCAUCACGCUCACCACCAUCGGCUUCGGCGACUUCGUGCCCGACCAGAAGCGCAGCGGCCGCGAGGGAGAGGCCAUCGCCAUCACGUCUCUCUACCUGCUCUUCGGCAUCGCGCUGCUGAUGAUGAGCUUCAACCUGGUCCAGGAGGAGGUCAUCAGUUCCGUCAAGAGCGUCGCAAAGAAGCUCGGCAUCAUCAAGGACGACGAGGACGAGUACGAUGACUACUGAGCAGCACUGGAUGCUGAGGACGACCAGCGGGCUUCUCAGGGUGUCGAGGAUGUAAGAACAAAGGCGAUGCCUGUCGAGCAGUUUUCCCGACUGUAAUCGCCAGCCCCUGAGUACAGGAGCAUGAGACGCCGGCGGAUGCUCAUCGCGGAGUUCGACAGAAAGGCCAGGCGAAUGACAAAUUCAAUGAGUAGUGUACAAUACAUUCGUGAUGUAACCCACGGGAUGUGGAUGAAGUAGGCCAUUAUGCCGUGAUCUAACAAAUGGUGGAAUGCAUGUAGGGAUGCUGAAAAUGUAGCGAUCCGCAGCUAUCAGAAAGGUACGGCAUGGCUGCUCGAGUGUUGGUUCAUACGCUGGUGAGGAGCACCCCAUCUUUCUGGGAACUCACGGAUAGGACGGUCAAUGAACGGCCGUUUAUAACAUAUGUAGUAACGAAUUCAGCUUUUUGUACUGUGGCGUGUGCAAUGUGCAUUGUGCAUUUACCAAAGAUGAGCGCCGCGAAAAUUUACGAAGGCAGAGAGCUGCAUGUGCCUUUGACGACGAAUAGGUAUCAUAUCGUGAGCGAAAUGAGAGGUGCGUUGUGUGCGCGACGCACGUGUGUUUCCGUGUACGAGUAUUCGCGGGAGAACUUUGCAUGCGUGUGCAUAAUGAUGGAUGCGUGAACGCCUGUGAGUAUAAAUGCUUUGUAAGUAAGUUAUGCGAGUUCUUUAUAAAGCAUACAGACAUGCAUAUUGCGCACCGACGCUUGCGAUGAGCGCACUAUGUAAUGUAUAAAUAGGUAAAAAUGCACCCCUAAAUAAUCAUGUAACUAUACCGUGCAGUGAGCAGUGAACAGAGUGAUGGUCUGCCCGUUCCCCGUCCGCCGACCACUGUCCGUCCCAGAGGCGGCUGGUGCCAGUUGGGCUCCAAUGCCGACUGUCUGUACAUAAACCCCAAUACACCGACCACCCGACUGAGAAAUACCGUGC